GCCAGAGGUGGGUCCAGAAGGGCUCCGGAGGAGAAGGGCCUGUGGGCCUGGGAGCGCGGCUGUGGGGCAGCGGAGGGAGAGACAGAGUCCUGCAGUGCCGCAACCCAAGGAAGCUGGAUCCUGGAGAUCUCUGCUCAGUGAUGUGGCUGUUGGGAGGCAGCCUUCUGCUUCUCCUGCAAUAGCAAUGCUAGCGCACCCACACAGCUGGAGUGAGGAGCUCUCGGUCUGCACAGGAGCGAACCCUGAGCUCCUUGGCUCGGCUUAGCAGUGCUGGUGGCUAUGGAGUGACCAGUGCAGGUGGUGUUCCAGGUGCACAGCAGGAGGCUGGAGCUGGCUGCCCAAGCCCCGAUGCUCCUUGUCCUCGUGCUCUUUGCAGCUCGUGUGCCUCACCUCUGCCAUGAAUGAUGCAUCGACGAUGGAUUAUGAACUGCUGUCCCCGUCCUUGGUUGAGCACCCGGCCAGCACUGCGGGCAUGGAUGCCGAGCAGAAAACCGUCUUUGCCUUUGUCAUCUUCCUCCUCGUCUUCUUGGUGAUGCUGAUGGUGCGCUGCUUCCGCAUCCUGCUGGACCCCUACAGCCGCAUGCCUGCCUCCUCCUGGACUGACCACAAGGAGGGGUUGGAGAGGGGCCAGUUUGACUACGCCUUGGUGUAGAGGGCAGGGAUGGGGCGAGCCUGGGUGCUCCGAGUGCCUCCCACCCCAGCUGGCCCCGGCCCCGGCCCCCCCUUCCUCUGUGGUGUUGCCCCGGGCCAGCAGGGAUGCCGCGGGCAGGGAGGCGAGGUCGGGCUCUUGUCUGGGGUGGGUUUUCUAGGGGUUUCUCUCUUUUCUAAGCACUUUUCAGUUCUCUUCGCAGCCUGCAGCACUCUCGGCGAGGUACAUCGGAGGGGUGACGUGACUCCCCACCGGUCUCGCUGCCCACCGUGCCCCGGGGCCGUGCUGCGUGCCGCGGUGGGGAGGGGGAGGCACCGGGGCAGGGCAUGGCAGGACCUGCCCUCGGCCACGGCCCCCACGGCUCCUGGUCUGGGCAGCUCUGCCCUGCACCAGGCCGGGCGUUGGACCCCCACCUCCUCCUGCCUCCCGCGUCACCUCUGUCUGUGUCCUCUGGGAGUGCUGACCGUGGCCCAGUGUGUGUGUGCGUGUGUUUCCCUGUAGCUGAGCUUUGUCUGUGAGGGGGUUUAUAGGCACCUGACCCAAGUGUUGGCUUUGUUCCUCUCUGUGUGGCAGCCUCAAAGUGCCCCCCACAAGUAAGGGGGAGAUGGAGACCCCACGUGCAGCGCCCUUCUGCCCUCCAGCCCUGCAGCCCACUCUCCGCUUUACACCAUCAUGACCGCUCCCUGCCUAACUGGUGGAAAUGGUCUGAGCAAGGUGCAGUCAUGCAGCCACUUGCAGACCUGCCUGGGAGCCCUGCGGGGAUCCCUGCAGGGAUCUAAAAUCCCCACGCAGCACUUGGGAGAUGGCUCUCAUCCAGCCCGGGCCUGGCAGUACCCAGCAGUGCCUCGCUCUGCGCAUCACUGCCCCAGCAGGACCUGGGCAGCCUGGGCGUGCUCCUGCAUCUGCCUAGCAGAAGGGCUGUGUAAGUGAGGGGAACUAUGGCUGUCCCCAUAGCAGGGGAACCUGACUGUGGGAACCGUGCCUCUUAAGUAGGGGUGCUGCAGCUGGCCGCAGGGCUAGCUAGCAAAAGCUGUGGUGGGGUAUGGCUGUGGGCUGGCAAGUUGUGUGCUAAGGGAUCUGAGCCCGUGGGGGAGAACUUCCUCCUGCUCCACGGAAAUAAAGCUGCACUGUGCUAACCCCACACAGCUUUUCCUCUGCUCUGUGAUGCGUCCCAUCGGGCACUGGGGUGUGUGGGUGCACGUCAGUCAUCGCUGGGUGUUCCUGGGGUCAUAUGAGCACUGGCACAGGGGAAGGUGCAAGGCCUGACUGCUGGGUGCUACAAAGAAGCAAAGGCUCAAGGGCUGCUCUGGGCACUACAUAACACUGCUCUGAUAGGAAAGUCCUUGGGAGACUUCUCUCUUGGUGUUGGCCAGACUAGUGCAGAGUCACUGGGGGUACGGUUAGCAUCACACUGACAGCCAAGAAACAGGACACUGCUACCCAGAUCCAGCGAUCCUGCUUCUGCACCUUCCUUGGCACCACUGGACACACAGCCAAGAGCCUGCAUCACAGAACACAGCGCACAAAACAUUCAUUGCACAGUUCAAACAGUCCCUGUGUUGUGUGACCUCUGCUCAGCACAAUCACUGUUCAGCAAAACUGCCACAAAGCAGCAAAAGUGGGGCUGCUCCACAAAGGCACAUGAGCUGGGAGACAAGAGUGACCACAGCACAACAGAGGCAGGUGCCCUUCCUGACCAGCUGCAGCCCCACAGCACCAGGACAGGACUGGUGGUGGUUGGAUGUUGCACUGACAGUGUCAGACAAGCUGAGGUGAUAAACCAGGUGCAAAAUCUACCCAUAGAAUCAAGCCAGGACGAGGAGAAGGACACAAAGACAAGACAAAGCUACAGCACUGUGGUUUGAGGUACAGGCAGCAGAUAAGGCUGGAGACAGGGGAGAAGAGAGGUACACCUUUGAAUAUACCUCAGGUAGAGAAUGGAAGCACAGACCUGAGUUUAAGUAGAGGCUGGUCUAGAGGGGUGAUGGUUAGGGCAACUAAGGACUACUGAUGCAUUCAGAACCCUGAUUAUAACCACUACACAGCACUGACAUUGCACAUCACAACCACUGCGUAGUCUGCCACUGGCACAGCACUGCACAGUGCAUUUAGCACUCAGAACAUCCACUCAGCAGCCCAACAACUCACUGCACAGCACAGUCCAACCAGUGCCCAGCAGCACUGCCAUGCACAGUGCCUACUUGCUGCACAGCACACAAGCUCAGGGACAAUUCCACCCCCUUGGGCAUUUAGAUGGAGGUUGACAGGCUCAUUUUCUGGAGCAAAUUGUUUUCCCAUCCAAGCUUUAAGCCAUCUUGCACCACGCAAACCAUGAGGUAUGAUACAGCAUUUCUAACUGCUGUGGUUUAACCCAGCAGCAGCUUGGCACCAUGCAGCCUCUUGUUUGCUACCCCCCUUAGUGGGAUGAGGGAGAAAACUGGAAACAAAAUAGAACCCGUGGGUUGAGUUAAAAACUAUUUACUAAGACAGAAAAGGAAAAUGGAAACAAGAAUGAGAUGAAAACUAUAUAUACACCCGUAUAUAUAUUCACAAUGCGAUCACUUGCUGCUUACCAACUGAUGCCCAGCCACCCCCCAAGCAGCAGCUGCCCCCUGGCCAGCUCCACACAGCUUUGUGCCCUUCUGCAUGAGGUCAAUGGGGAUGGAAUCUCCCCGUGCCCACUGUCCUGGUUCUGCCGUGCCCCCUGAGCAGCUCCCAGCAGGAGGGAGAUCUGCAUGCAGGCACCACUCCACCCCUAUGUCCAUGCACCCGAUGUCUGCAUACUGGGCCAUCAGUUCUGCCUGGGCUGCUGGUAUGCAUGGAACAGAGCAAGGGGCAUACAUGGAGGAUGGAGGAGUGGCAUAUGGUGGCCACGGGAGCAACAGCCUUGCAGCACAGUGUGAUUCCCCAGGCCACCACUAACCCUGCAGGGCAGCAGUGCUGAGGGGACCCAGGCUGGUGUACACAGAGGUGGCUGAGCUGCCUGUGCAGGUUGGGUGGCUGUGAUGUGAAGACCUUGAAGGGGCUGUUGAAGCAGGUUUGAGAAAAAGGACAGAAAGCUCUGAUCACAAUGUAAAAAAACUCUGAUCACAGCGUCCAUCACAAUGCAGAAGCAGUGCACUCUGCCCUGGAAAGAGUGAAGAAGGAUGGAGAACAUCAUGAGCGGGACACUCUUUUCACAUGGUCACCAACUGCAGCUGGAAGCAUAGCAUAGUGCUUUACUAUGUUGCUGUUUAACUAAUGCGCAUCACUCUGUGCCUUAAUUUGAUAAUUACCGUGGAUAUUAGAUUUUGGAAUAUGGGGAAACACUUAGCUCAUCUGCCAUACCCACAAGAUACAUACACAUUUGAUGUGAUUGAUAAUCCUCACCAGACACUCCUCAUUCCUUCUGAAUAUCAUGUAGCUUGAGUGACUGCAGUCACAGGGUAGAAUAUGUGGGAUAAUUGCUUAAGGUGUAGCAUCGUUCACUGGAAAUUAAGGCACAGGUCGUUCACAGGUGUACAAGAGCAGAGUGCAGCCUCUAUGCCACUAAAUUGCACAGAAGGUAGAGCGGGGUGGAGAUCCACAGCCAAGUUCUGUGACCCACAGUGGUUCCCUAAGCAGCCCAAGGUGUCAGUAACAUCAGGAGAACUGAUGUGCUGACUCCAAGAGCAGUGCUGGGAUGGGGACUUUGUGGUGCCAAACUACUUCCCCAAGUCUGCCAUCUUUUUGACAAAAAGCUGUCCUUUGGUGAACUUUGCUCAUGAUAUGCUUAUUGUAAUGCCAAAACACAACUGUCCCAAAGGCUGCCUGCCUCCAAGGUGUGACCACCUUGCGUGUGACCUCACUGAGCAUGAGCCCUGGAGGUGUUUAUGGCCAGGUUGGAUGUGAACUCUGGUCAUCCUGAUCUGGUGGUUGGAAAGCAGCCCAUGGCAGGGCUGUUGGAUCUCGGUGAUCUUUUAGAUUCCUUCUAACCCAAGCCAUUCUGUCAUUCUAUGAUAAAAGCGGGUCAAGAAGGAGGGAAGAUUAGGGAAGAUCCCAUUGCAGACAGGUCAGACACAGGCCAUCUCUCACCCCUGGGAUCUGUCAAUGGGCUGAGCCUCUCCUCCCCCCAUAGGGACUCACCCUGGGUAAGAUUUGCACACUUGGCUAUGCUGAGUGCUUCCCUAAGGAAACUUCCCUAGGAUACCUUAGCAUGCCAGUGGUCAGGCUGUAUUACUCUUAGUUCUUCACACAUGCUUUGUAUUAUUCUUGGUUAACCUCACACACUUUGCAGACGGUGAAUUCUUCACUUGCAAUCCAAAAGAACCUGUCAUCUGUUGCUAGUAAACUGCACUGUUCACUAA